AUGGAAAAGCCUGAACUUGAAACAAGUCGAAUCCAUGGGUUUACGUCAUGGGUUAACAUGCGAUUGUUGCCCUAUGAUAAAGGACUUGGAAAUGUUUUGAUAGACUUGAUGAAAGGUACGAAUAUGAAAAUGUUAUUACAAAGUGUCACUGGAACAACGACAGAAAAGAUUCAAUCAUUUGAAAAACUCACAACUGAACAAAUUCGAACACGAUGCGAAUGGGCAGUUAAACAUUUAAAAGAACAUCAAGUGAUUCCCGAAGGUGUCUAUGUUGAUUCUCAAUUAUUUGCCGUUCGAAAUGCCAAACAUGUUUUCGAUCUUCUUUGGCGAUUAGUUGAGCAUGAUAUUUGGUUCUUAUGGGAACGUAUUGACUUUCUCCUUCAAGACGACGCCAAAGGAUUGCUCGAAGUGCCACUUAAAUGGAUUCCAACUGGUCAAUCGACAGACAUUGGAAAAUCAGCGAGAAAUCGCGCAAUCUUAAGUGGUUAUGAUGGGAGUCAAACUGGUCGACCUGACCAAUAUUUGGGUAAAUUUAACGAGACUGAAGCAAUGGUGGCUUUUUCGAAGCGAAAUCUCACAAAAAGAUAUCCGAAGCCAAGUAUAUGCCUUAUUGAAAUAAUUCAACUCGUUUUACAAAAACGUCCCGAAGGACGACGGAUCAGUUUUACAAAACUAACUGAACUAUCCGAUAUUCGCGUGAUCUGCAGUUUGAUCAACUAUUUCGUACCAAAUCUUAUUCCAACUGAGAUCUUGCUCAAUGACAGAUGGGGGCUGAAUUUAGCUUUAGCAAUUAUCGAUGAUGUUCUUUGCUGUAAAUCGUAUUUAACUUCUGAAGAUUUCGUUCUCGUCGAUGAAAUGGCGAUCUGUUCAUUCAUGUGUUACUUUUUUCUGGUAUUUUUCAAGUACCGUCAAGGUGAAAUGGCCGUUCGGCGAGCGGACGAACUUCGUCGAAAACAAUACAAUGCUUCUCAGAAACUGCGUAAAUUAGAAGAAGAAGGGAAUACUGGGAUGGACAAGAUACAAUUAGAACAAGACAUAAAUCAAUAUAAUUUCGAUCUGACUAAUUUGCGGAAAAAUUAUGACUUGCGUAGUGCUGCCCAAUGGCGUGAUCAUGUUGAACAAGCUCGAGUGAAAGUAGUCUCGAUUAUUGCGAAUAAAUUGCAAGUACGAUAUGAUUGGUUCGAUGUGUCUGUCGAGGCAACAAUUGCAGACAUAUGCCGACAAAAAGCAGUGAAUUUAAUUCUAACGGAUGGUUAUGCAUUUUAUCGAAUUUUGGAUGGUAAACAAGAAAUUGUCACAUCUGAACGUUCAUUUAUUCUUAUACAUAAACAAACUCGGCAGAUUACUGUGGAUAAAUCCUUAUGUAAAAAUGAUGAUGAUAGUUUACAUCCGGUUAUUCGGAAAGCGAAUGUUCGAUCGAUAUUGGAAAUUGGGAAUAUUAAUGGAAGUACUGAAGUGAAAGCCGAUCGAUAUCCUCAAUACGAAAUUUAUAUCGAUUCUCCCUCACAAAACAAAUCCAUCCCAGCGAAAACAACAUUUUUAUAUCAGGUGUUUCCUGAUUCUUUGAAGUUCUAUCACACAUUUCUCCUCAAAGCAUGUAGCGAAGGUCAUCAAGAGUCUGUUGAUCAUCUUCUCGAAUUUCUUCAAAGACUCUAUCCUGAAUUUAUCAACAUGCAUGACCCGAACACACUCAACACCGCUCUUCACAUUGCUUGCAAACACAAUCAUCUCAAUAUUGCUCGCUGCUGUUUGGAUUACGGUGCGGAAGUGAAUAGUUUAAAUAAAGAAGGAAAUACACCGUUGUUCUGUGCAGCUGAAAAAUUCUCGAAAUCUUGUGCCAAGUUAUUGCUGGAAUACGGUGCGGAUAUUUCUGUGGUAAAUAAUCGAAAGAAAACAGUCAGUGAAAUAUGUGUCAAUGAAGAAUUUCAACAAACACUGAUUACUGUGAGUGAAUUUAUUGCGUCAGUUAUUCGCGCAUUAACACAAGGUGAUAAAGAAGUCUUAGAUCGUGUUAUCACUGAUCAUGUUGAAGGCCGAUAUACAUUGAGUUCGCUGAAUAGCAGAUUUAUCAAUGGAAGUACUUUACUACACACUGCUUGUUAUUUCAAUAAUUUACCUGCUGUUCAACGUCUGGUGAAAUUGGAUGUUAAUCUUGACGUGCGUGAUUUUCAAGGCAAAACUGCACUUCAUCGUACACGUGAUAUCAACAUUAUCAAAUUUCUUCUCGAAUGUAAUGCAGAUAUCAAUGCUACAGAUGCGGAUGGUAAUACAGCAAUCCAUGCGAAAUGUGCGGGUGAACGCAAUAAACCAUUAGAAUUAGAAGCUAUCCGAGUUCUACAUGAAUAUGGAGCUGAAUUAGAUCGGUGUAAUUCGAAAGGUGAAACAUGUUUUCAUCUGGCAGCACGAAAAGGAAAUACUGAAGUAUUGCAGCUGUUGUUCGAACUUGACGAAACAAAUAUGAGAGAAUCAAUUCAAGCAAUUGAACAGAAACCUAAUGAAGAAAACAUAUCAAUUGUAGGAUUAGCUAUUCGUUCGGAUCAUCAGGAUUCAGCCGCGUGGCUACUGGAACAUGGGUUUAUGUUCAAACAAAAUGAACCAGACGAACUGAUUCACGAUAUUCUAUCAGAAACAAUUACAGUAGCUGAACCUGAAUGUCUUCUACAAUUUCUCAGUAAAGAAGGAAAUGCCACCUUUUCCAACGCUUAUGAGGAUGGAAAUAGUACACUCCAUUUGGCAGCAGCAAUGGCCACGAUUGAACCUUUGAAGUUCCUUCUGUCACUUGGUUUUGAUCCCGAUGUUGUGAAUCAAGCAAAAGAAACGCCAUUAUUUGUUGCAACUCGUAUCAACAAUAUCGAUGCUGCAUGUGUUCUUAUCGAACAUGGCGUCGACUGUCGAACAAAGAAUGAUCAAGGUUACACAGCAUUUGAUUAUAUUCUUGACAUUGAUGAAUGGCUAGCAUCGGAGAAAUUCGACGAAGAAACACAUGCUCGCCUUCGAGCGUACAAAUACAAAAGUAUUCGCACUCUUAUCUACAACGUAACAGCAAAACUUAAUCAGGAAGUGAAGCACAGUGAAGUAACGAAGUACAGAUAUAUCUUCAUCGGAACGGUUAGUAUUUUACGUAUUGGUGAAACACCUCGUGAUUAUGGAGCUGCACCAAAAACUUAA